UUCUUAUUAAAAGAAAUAAAAAAUUCAAAAUCCCCGCUGCUCUCAAAAUUUCAAAACCCUCCCUCGCUUUCUCCGUUCUCCUUUUUCCCCUAUAAAAAACCACACCCGCACACCCACCUCUACUCACCACAAAAAACCCUAAUUUAUCUCUUUCGAACAAAAACAAAACAAGCCUCCAAAAUGCCUGCAAUCCCAGAAGAGCCCCUCCUCGCUGAAAACCCAGACCGCUUCUGUAUGUUCCCAAUUCAAUAUCCAUCAAUCUGGGAGAUGUACAAGAAAGCUGAAGCCUCAUUUUGGACGGCUGAAGAGGUCGAUCUCUCUUCAGAUGUCGGUCACUGGGAAAACCUGACUCCUGACGAGAAACACUUCAUUUCUCACGUCCUUGCCUUCUUCGCCGCCUCUGAUGGAAUCGUCCUCGAGAAUAUCGCCGGGCGUUUCAUGAAAGAAGUCCAAGUCUCGGAGGCGCGUGCUUUCUACGGGUUCCAGAUCGCGAUUGAGAAUAUCCACUCAGAGAUGUACAGUCUUUUGUUGGAGACCUACAUCAAGGAUUCUACUGAGAAGAACCGCCUGUUUCAUGCCAUUGAGACGGUGCCGUGUGUGGCUAAGAAGGCGGAGUGGGCUUUACGGUGGAUCGACGGAGGCGAGAGUUUUGCGGAGAGGUUAAUUGCUUUUGCUUGCGUGGAAGGGAUAUUUUUCUCGGGGAGUUUUUGUGCGAUAUUUUGGUUAAAAAAACGUGGGCUAAUGCCAGGCCUGACCUUCUCGAACGAGUUGAUCUCGCGAGAUGAAGGGCUUCAUUGUGAUUUCGCGUGUCUCCUUUACAGCCUGUUGAGGAAGAAGCUGAGUGAGGAGCGCGUGAAGGGGAUAGUGAAGGAAGCUGUGGAUAUAGAGAGGGAGUUUGUGGUGGACUCGCUACCAUGCGCGUUGGUGGGGAUGAAUGGGGAGUUGAUGAGUCAGUAUAUUGAGUUUGUAGCUGAUAGGCUGUUGGGUGCGCUUGGGUGCGGGAAGGUGUACAAUGUGGCUAAUCCAUUUGAUUGGAUGGAGUUGAUAUCCUUGCAAGGGAAGACAAAUUUCUUCGAGAAGAGAGUCGGAGAGUAUCAAAAGGCUUCAGUUAUGUCUAGUAUUAAUGGGAAUGGUGACAAUCAUGUGUUCAAGAUGGAUGAGGAUUUUUAGAGUCCUUGUGGGCUAAUGUUUUUAUCUAAUUAUAUGCUCUACUUCUGCUUUGUUUAUUUUUUUUUUUGUUUUUUGCUCGAGGAAUAGUAAAUGGCAAGUUCCCUUUU